GAACCGCGCAUGCGCAGACUCUCUCCAGCAGGGGGCGGUAGCGGCUGAGUGCUGCACUCAUCUGUGAAGGAGAAAGGCCACUUCCGGCGCUCCGUGCUGUUCAUUCGACGCUUAUCGCAGUGAGACCGUGGAGAUGGCGAGCCGCCGCGUUGCCCUGAAGGCCGUCGACUGGUUGGCGUUUGCUGAACGUGUCCCGCCCAACCAGCGCAGCAUGUUCAACGCUCUGAAGACUCGCAGUGAUGCCAUUUCUGCCAAACUAGCAUCUUUGCCAGAAACUCCUGCUGCUAUUGACUGGAGCUUCUACAGGAGUGCAGUGGCUAAAGCUGGAAUGGUUGAUGAGUUUGAGAAGAAGUUUAAAGCGCUGCAAAUCCCUGAGCCUGUUGAUACUCAGACCAGCGCCAUCAACGCACAGGAGGCCGAGGCUAAUAAAAGCGCAUUAGCUUACGUGGAAGCAUCAAAGGCCCGCAUUGCUCAGUAUGAAGAGGAGCUCACUAAAUUUAAGAACAUGAUCCCCUUUGACCAGAUGACCAUGGACGACCUCAGCGAUGCUUUCCCUGAGACCCGACUGGACAAGGUCAAAUAUCCUUACUGGCCCCACAAGCCCAUCGCAGACCUGUAAUUAUCUCAUGGAACCUUGUCUCACAAUAAAGAUUAUGUAUUUUAAAGCGAA